GAAACGAGGUUCAGAGGCCCUACUUGGGCCCGGGGUUCCGGGCCCAGCAUCGCCUCGGCUGGGUCCCCCGGCCGGACAACCAGCUUAACCCAGGCUUCCAACCCUGCCUAGCGCAGCGCCCCAGCCUCAGGCUCCGCCUCGCCCCCUGGCCCCGCCGCAGGCCUGGGUUCUUGUGGGCGCGCACUAGCCCUGGCGCGCGCGCUGGUCUGGAGGCCGACCUGGCUGCCCAGGUGGAGGUUGGCCUGGCCCAGCAGGCUGUGCGCGGGCAAGAUGGCGGCGCCCGGCGAGGAGGCUCGCUUUUUCCGCAGUAGUCUCUUUUCCUUCCUCCCGAAUGGCACGCGGUCUGAGGUGACAGACGAUCUGGCAACAGAUGCGCGGGGCCGCGGCGCGGGGCGCAAGGACGCCACCGCUGUGCCCCCCACUCCAGGCCAGGCGGCGGCCCCGGAGUCGCCGGGCAUCCAGGACGCCUCGCGUAGGCGACCUUGCCGGGCCUGCGUAGACUUCAAAACGUGGAUGAGGACUCAGCAGAAGGUGCAGCAGGACAGAAGGUUUAGAGAAGAUUGUCCACAGGAUCGUGAAGAACUGGGCCGCCACACCUGGGCUGUGCUUCACACCUUGGCUGCCUACUACCCGGACCAUCCCACUCCAGAACAGCAGCAAGACAUGGCCCAGUUCAUACAUUUAUUUUCCAAGUUUUACCCGUGUGAGGAGUGUGCCGAAGACUUAAGGGAGAGGAUAGGCAGGAACCAGCCAGACACUCGAACUCGGACAUCCUUCACCCAGUGGCUAUGCCAUCUGCACAAUGAGGUGAACCGCAAGCUGGGCAAACCUGACUUUGACUGCUCACAGGUGGAUGAACGCUGGCGUGAUGGCUGGAAAGACGGUUCCUGUGACUAAAAGGACCACCUUGUUUGGAGAGGGAUGGGACAGUAAUUAAAGUGCAUCUGAACUACAGCCUGUUGUGUCUCAGCAGAACAGUCCCCUGGAUACUGCUCACAGGGUCACUUCCCUCAGGUAGAAUACAGUAGAAACGGAGGUGCCUACUGAAAGCAUUCGGUGGCCUCUGCCUUAGAUGAGACUCCAUGAGACUACAGGUGAUGAAGACAGGACCAGUCAUGCUGCCACUUGCCACUCAGCAUGUGGCCACCUGCCUCAACUCCAUAACAUGGACUUAGUGCCCCCAAAGAAGAUGGAGAGCACAAUUGGGGUUCCCUGUGCCUACCUGGGAUCAGGCCAGUGUGUAGCUGUGGAUGCCUGCAGUGCUGUGGCCUCAAUGGCCUGUGCUGUUGUAGCUUCUGGGUUUUAUUAUUACCAAGAAUUGAAUUCAUGACCUCACACUUGCCAGGCAGGUGUUUGUGCCACUGAGCUAAAUUCCCUGGCCUUCACGUUGCUGUUUCUGGAAUGAGGCCUACCCUGUGUUUAGUGUCGUUAGGGAAAGCUCAGGCAGAGAUUUUUUUCUGAGGAUCCCGCUCAUGCUACUGACACCCUGGCAGGUACAUGGCCUUUCAUAGCAAUGGCAAGGCUUGUCUGAAGAUCAUCCUUGGGGCAGCUUCCUUAGAGUUUUGAGACCAAAAUAAAAUGCUGGGGAAAUGACUGAAA